CAAUGACUUGUUUUUUUUGGUUAUAUUAUGUAGUUGUAGUAAGUACGCGAAAAAUAUUGGAAGUAUUGGCAAAAGGUAGGUAUGGAAAAAUGUAAACAAUACUUCCGCAUGUGAUCAAGAAAAAUAUAUAAGACUGACAGGUCUGUGAUAUUAGAUGAGUAUAUAUAAAUAACAGGUCUGUGAUUUUUUGUGAUUUUAAUGUAAUUAUUAUAUGUAAUUAUUGUAUGUAUAUUGUAUUAUAUAUUUUAAAUUAUAAACCAUGGCAGAUACCGCUACAUCAUCUGUUAUUGGUAAGUUACGUUAUUCUUGUAAAUAUCCAUCAUGCAAAAAUUCUUACUAUCAUCCUGUGAAAAUCCCCUCUUACCAUAAUAAAAAAUUUCAUAGAUUCCCGAGGGAUCCUGAGUCACUGCAAAUAUGGAAAAAUACUUGUAAUAUUUCACCAAAUGUUAAUUGUAAAAAUUUUUUCCUUUGUGAUAGCCAUUUUAUAGAUGCCGACUUUGCUUGUCCUCAAAUUCGUAAUAGGAUCUUACCGAAAACUGUUCCUAAACCUUCAGUACAUUCAAGUGAUGAACCUUUGAAUUGUGAAGUGCCUGAUAAACAACCAGAACUAAAUGAAUUACCAUCGCUUAAUAUAAAUUUUUCUCUAUUGGCUCAGGAUAGCCCAUGUUGUUCGAGUAGUGCCCUUGCUAAUAGCCUUGAUGAUGUAACGGAAACUUCUAACUUUGAUAAUAAUUCUCUGCUAGGCGAACACUCUCAUUGUAAAAUAAUAUCUGAUAAAGUGACAAAUUUUUCAAAAACAACAGACCAUUCCGAUAAAUAUUCAUUUUUAUUAGAAAAUAAAAAAGGUAUGCUUGGUAAAUUGGAUAUUUCAAAAGAUGAUUUAACACCUCGGGAAACAAUAAUGUACAAAAUCCAUCGUAACACUACUUCAAAAUUAAGCAAACUGAGAUCUUUGUUGAAAAACGAGAGGGCUCACGUAAAUUCUUUAAAAAAUUUAUAUAAUGAUGGCAGGUUUCAAUUUAUCGAGGAAAAUCUUAACGAUAUUAGUAAAGAAUUUAUUAAUUCCCAGUUGCGUAACGUCAAUAGGUCUUCCAAAGGCAGACGAUGGACUUUAAAGGAUAAGGCUUUUGCAUUGUCAGUCUAUAAACGCAGCCCUAGAUUAUAUAAAUAUCUACGAACAUAUUUUGAGUUGCCCUCAGUAAGAACUUUGAAGACAGUUUUAUCAAACAUACCUUUUCAGUGCGGAAUAAUAAAGCCAGUUUUAGUAUAUUUGAAAACACAAGUUGAAAAAAUGGAUGAACUUGACUGUUGUUGCUCUCUUGUUUUUGACGAAAUAAGUUUAAGUUCAGGGUUUUAUUAUGAAAGUAAUAAACAAAUUAUUUGCGGGUUUGAAGAUUUAGGAAAUAAACGCUCAGAUAAAGCUGCAAAUCAUGCUUUAGUUUUUAUGAUAAGGGGAGUUCGCAAAAGCUAUAAACAGGUUGUAGCAUAUUACUUUGUAAAGGACACUGUGGCAACAAUAGACCUGAAACAGAUUAUUGUGUUUAUAAUUAAUGAAUUGCAAAAUAUAGGACUAAAGAUUGUUGCUACUGUUUGCGAUCAAGGCCCAACAAACAGAUCUGCAAUUGAAGCUCUUUGUGCAGAAAAUACAGACAAUCGAAGUCCUUAUUACUUUGUUGUUAAUGGUCAAUGUGUUUGUACAAUUUUCGAUGUACCACAUCUUAAAAAUACACGUAAUGCCUUAAUUAACAAUGUCAUUGAAUUUGAAAAGGGUAAAAUAGCAAAAUUUGAACAUAUUCAAAACGCAUAUAAUCUGGAUCAGCAAAAACGAACAUAUAAACACUUAUAUAAAUUAAAUCCAAAUUAUUUUAAUUUCAAAGAUAGUUUUCAAAAAAUGAAAGUUAAAGUUGCUGCACAACUAUUGAGUCAAACAGUUGCCGCUACAAUAGAAACAUUUUCAGUUUUUGGUGAUUUACCUGCGGAAUCACUUCACACAGCAGAAUUUGUGCAUAUUGUUGACAACAUGUUUGAUUCACUGAAUGGAUCAAAUCAACAAGAAACCAGUGGUAAAAAAUUUAAAUGUCCCCUUUCCGAUAAUUCACCACAUAUAGAAUUUUGGUUAGAUAUUUUAUCUAAACUAAGAAACUGGAAA